CUUAAGACUUAACGCUCGCACCUUCUUCUUCUUCUUCGUCUUCUCUGUUUCUUCUGCUUUUCUUGUUUCUCCCUUUCUGAACGAUCUUUUGAUUUUUUUUUGCUGUUUUUUCAUUAAUGUAUCCAAGGAGAUGAUUGGUUGGGGUAGUUGUUCGCCAUGUCCUUGUUGCCUAAAAAUCCCACCUUUCAGGUUCUCAUGCCAGUCUCCGCCUAGCGACUCACUGUUCUUGCACAGUUCAAUUUCAUUUUACUGCCUAGGUUUCGAAUGCUAGUGCCCGAUCUAUUAUCUUAAUUCCUCCGUGAACGAAGAACGAUAUUUGUUGCGAUCUCUUUGUUUCUCUUGAUAUCUUUCUGAUGAUGUCUGAAGAAGCCUCAACAGCGAUCCACAUCGAGGGGCCUCCCUCAGAAGAAAAGCAGUUGCGUAACAACCACAGCCACAACAACAACUACUCCACUAGGAAACAGCGACCCCCUCGAGCAUGUACGGCCCGCUCCUCCGCUCGACUCUACCAAGCCGCAUCUGGUGUCGACCGUAAACAGAGUUCCUCCAAGAAAGAUGCAGUUCAGCGCAAACAGACUCCCUCCAAGAAAGAUAAAGAGGAGCAGGAACAGCAGCAGCAAUGCAGUAAGAUCAUUACGCCGCUCCUUAACGAGCCCCCGCCUUCACAAUUGCCCCGCUGGAGUAUCCGCUCGAUGUGGGAGUUGGCUUCCCUUCUCAACUUCUUACAUGUUUUUAGGCACCUUUUGAAUAUCACGGUUGAGUUCUCGGCGGAGGAGCUUGAGACUGCUUUGAUUACACCUAAUAGCACUUUGGAUGAUAUACAUAUACCCUUGUUAAAGGCAAUUCCUCCUGUUACCAGGAUGGCGCUAGGGCGUGCUACUUGGGUCACAGUGUUAUGCAGAAAAUUGAGGGAUUGGUGGCAUUGGGUUGCAGAAGGGGAAAUACCAAUUGUAGCAUCACAUGGGACGGAAGUUGAAGUGUAUAAGGCACUCGAUCCUGGGACUCGUGUGGUGAUUUUGAAAGCACUGUGUGACAUCCGAGUUGAGCAAGAAGACAUACGGGGCUACAUUGAUGACUCUAUUAAACAUGGAGUUCAACUUUCAGCAUUUCGUAAAGAACGUAUUGGAGGUGAUUCACAUGGAGUUUCAUAUUGGUAUGAAGAUGAUCCUGUAACCGGUCAUCGGUUGUACCGGGAGAUUAGAAAAGUUGAUGUGAAAAAAGUGAAGACAAAAGGGGUUCCAACUGUCCCAUCUAUAUCUUGCCAAUGGGAAACAGUUGCGACAAACUUGGAUGAAUUCCAAGAUGUUUCUGAGAAACUUUUCUCAAGUAAAAAUAGAACAGAGGCUGCAGUAGGAAAGAAGUUAAAGUUAGACAUGCUUCCAGAGAUAGAGAAGAUCCACAAGAGGAAAGAGAGGUUGCUGAAAAAGCAACAUCGGCAAGCACUCCUUCUUGACAGCUUUUUGAAUACGGAUGGCCUGGCAGCAGGACGGUCUCUCCGUGACAGAAAACCUGUUACUUAUACAUUUGAUGCUUUUGAUCGGUCUAUCAAUGAGGCCAUUAAAAUAACGAAACGAAAACAACCUUCCCCAGAACAUGUUGUCAAAAGAGAAGUUGGGAUGAAAUCUGAGCCUUCUACUAAUGGCAGAUGGAAUGGUUCAUUGCAUGCCUCUCAGCAUGUGUCCUAUGAUGAGCUCUCACCAAAGUCAACUGAUAGUGAAGAAACUGAUGAAGAGCAUCAUAAAUCUGGACCGCUGGAUCGUAGCAACCGGCGAAGGCAGAGGCCCCAGAGGUACUCAGAGAAAGAGUUCGUUGAAGCUGUGUCAGAUAAUGAUGCAGAUUUCGAUAGUGAUGAUGAUAUAGUUGGAGAAGCAGUAUAUGAUGAGGAGUAUCUGAGGAGCCGAAAACAGAGGAAGAAGGUAUCCAGCAGCUCGGAGGGGGAUGAGGAGUACCACUGGGAUGAAAAUGCCGAAGAUGAGGAAGAAGAGGAAGAGGACUCUUUGAGCAUUAGUGAUGAUACAGAUGAGCAUCAUAGAUCUGAAAAAUUCCCCAGUCGAAGCAGGAGAGGAGCCAAAUUACGGUCAGUUGAUGAGCUUCAGUCAGGUUUAAGACGAAGCAAGAGGGCCACUCGAAACCAAAUAAACUAUCGACAAUAUGAGCUGUCUGAAUCAGAAGCAGACUCUGUGAAACGUGAGAAACCAAAUACAUCAGAAGGGCAAUCAGAUGCAAGCAAUGAUAUGGAGUACUCCAGGGAAAGUCAGGAUUCUCAGGGUGACGAGGAUGAUGAGGAAAUAAAAGUUGAUGAACCAGUUCAAGAGUACCAUGAGAAGGUAGAAAAUGAGCAAAGCCAGCCACCUGAGAAAACAAAUAGCCCGGGUGAGGAAAAAUGUAGUGAUGUACCAAAAAGGCGAUUUCUUGACCUAAAUGAGCUUGCGCCAGGUUCUGGUUUUGAUGAUGGCCCCGGCACACUAAUGAAAGAUGAAAACAUGGACAAUUUCUAGGCAUCCUCUCUGAAGAGUCCGCCCUCCUUUGGGCUCUGUGCUGUCUGCCGUGGGAUAGUGGGUUUUGUACACUCCUUUCUCAGUCAAGCUGGGUGUUUGAUGGGCCAUUCCUAAAUUUUAAUAUUAGUUCAUUGAAAGGGGUUAUAGAGUUCUCCCACGGCAUUGUGUGAGCAGCCAUUCCAGUGUAAUUUAUUCAGUGAUUUCCAGCAGGGAGCACAAAAUGAUGCAGAGAAAUGUGUAGAUAUGAUAGUCAUCUGAAUACUUUACCUCCGAAGCAAUUUAUGCUAUGAGCUGGGAAUUUAUAUGGAGUCCCUUGCUGGUCUUCUCUUUUUCUGAUCAAUGUACAAUACCCAUGAAGCUGAUAUGGUAACAAAAGAAAUUUGUUGGCUUCAAGUUUGAGCCCUUUAAAA